GUGUGUGUAUGGCAGGAGAGAGAAUGCAAGUGGGAGGUGAUAACCAGGAGCUCCUUCUGAAAGGUUAAGGAGAGAGACGCAGGUUAGGAGACUGGCGGAGGAGUAAAACUGCUGCUCCAGCUAAAAAAGGGGGACAGACACUUGUGGAAUUUAGAUAUACUGGCUGCCGAGGUUCACGAAACAUGGAUAGGCUUAAUCGAGACUCAUCUCUCAGCCACAGGAGCACUCCAGAGCUGCGCUUAAUCCUGGUAGGCAACAUCGGCUGUGGGAAGACCCUGACAGCUGACACGCUGCUGAGCGACAGCUCGAGCAUCAGCGCCCUGGUGCCAUCGCGGCUGAGCGAGGUCCGGCGUGGAAUAUCUGAGGGACGAAACCUCAAGGUGGUCGAGACGCCACGCUGGUACUGGAAAGGCGAGCACAUUGAAGUCAGUGUACAGAAAGAGACAGAGAGGGCUCUCAGCCUGGUGGCACCAGGGCCACAUGCCUUCCUCAUCCUGGUGCCUGUGGGACAGUUCACCGAGAUGGAGGCCCGGAUUCCUGGUGAGCUGGAGCGGGUGUUUGGCAGAGGUGCAUUGGAUCACACCCUGGUGCUGCUCACCUGCGGAGAUUAUCUGGCAGGACGAGACCAUGACCGCUACAUGAGGAUGGGCGAGCCUGGGCUUAGCACCAUGGUGAAUGAGUGUGGAGGACGCUGGCAUGUGAUCAAUAACCGCAGACCGGAGGACAGAGAGCAGGUCAUAUCAUUGCUGGAGAAGGUGGAGCAGCUGACCGAGAGGUCCGGCGGCUGUUACCUGCCGAGCCCCAAGCAGGGAGAGGUAGAGGAUCGAGACCUGGUGAGAAGGUUCAGCUUGCGCGAAGACGAGCUGGUGCACCCACAUCACAGCACGUUGACCCAGACGACAUGGAGCAAAGAGGAAACGUGGGAUGAGUCAGGCAGGAGAGGAAAGAUCAGAGUCAGGAGCAUGGGGCCGUCGACAGGGAGGGUGAUGUCACAGCAGCUGGCUAAUGGGUUUCAAUCUCAGUCACAGUAUGAAGACUCAUCUGAAAGACUCAAAGAGAAGCGUUCCAGUUUCAAACUGAGUAAAGAGGGCGCCAUUCUCAGUCAGAUGUCUGAGAUGGACCAUCCAGUCAAAAACCAGAACAACCAGAACUACGUUAACACCAUUCAUUACCAGAUCAUGAGUGACACCAGCUCUGCUGCACCGUCCAUCCCAUCACCCACAGCUUCUUACUCUCCCUCUUCCAAUACCUUCUCCUCAUCUUCAUUUUCUUCUUCCUCAGCUACUUUUGCACAAUCCUCUCCCACUAAAUUGUCCUCUUCUCCUGCUUUUUCCACUUCCCCCUCCACUAACAACUAUUCUACUGCAUUUUUCCCUUCCUCCCCAACUAACUUCUCCUCUUCAUCCACUACCUUUUCCUCUUCCACCACCGAUGCCUUGUCCUCUUCCUCCUUCACUGGCAUCUCCUCGUCUCCCACUAAACCCUCCUACUCUUCCUCCUCCACUGUCUUCUCCACUUCCAGUACUUUCUCUCCCCCUUCUUAUGCCUUGUCCUCUUCCUCCGGCAUCUCCUCUUCCCUAACCAAAUCCUCCUACUCUUCCUCCCCCCUCACCAGUGCAACAGGCUCUUCCUCAUCCACUGGUGUCUCCUCUUCUUUUUCAAGUACCAAUGCCUCCUCCUCAUCCUCCUCCACUGCCUCAUCCUCUCGCCCCACCACUACCUCAUCUUCUUUCUUCUCCAGCGAUUCCUCAGAUGAAUUGAGACUGGUUCUGUUGGGUCGGACAGGAUCUGGGAAGAGUGCGGCUGGGAACGUCAUUCUGGGCCGAGACGAGUUUAAGCUGCGUAGAGAUGAUGCAACUGGUGCAACCACCCAGUCGUGUGUGAAAGGAACAGCUGUGAUCGGAAAGAAACGAGUGACAGUGGUGGACACUCCAGACUGGUUCUGGCCCCCAGAGCAGCUGACAACCCAUCUGUCCUCCUGCAUGGAACUGUGUGCCCCGGGGCCUCACGCCUUUCUACUGUGUGUUCCUGUAACCCUACCUGGCCGCUCAAACUUGCAUGACCUGAGUUCCCUAAAGAAUUUUUUUGGCUCUGAAAACAUCCUGCGCCAUACUUUGGUCCUCUUCACACACUCGGACAAGCUGAAGGAUGGAAACGUGGAGGAAUACAUUGCAGCCAAGCGACCAGAGUUGCUAGAGUUGGUGGAGAAGUGUGAUGACCGCUACCAUGUGCUGAACCAAGAAAGAAAUGAAGGGAACAUAAAGGAGCUGUUGGAGAAGGUGGAGCAGGUUGUGAAGGAAAGUGGAGGAAACCAUUACAGCUACCAGGAACAGGUUGGCAAAGAAAGGUUGACACAGCUGAGGAGAGGUCGUGGGGGAGAGGAAGAAAUGGACAGAGCCAACUCAGCCACUCUACAUUCUCUGAAGGAGGAAGAGGAAGUAGAACAAGAAGAGAAAAAUGCACAACCAGUGAAAUCUGCAGUCUCGUCGGUUGCUUCAGUUCUUGGCUCUGUCCUUCGAUUUGUUGGGCAGAAGGUGGGACAAGGUGCCAAGCAGGUGCCUAAGCCGGUGGCUGGAGGAGCAGUGCUAGGAGGUGUACUUGGGCUGUAUGUCGGAGGACCUAUAGGGGGUGCUGUUGGGGCUACAGCAGGAUCUGCAGCCGCAGAGUACGGAAGACGAAAGUACAGUAAACCCAAAACAGACUGAUGAAUAUUAAUGGACAAAUUACUGCUGCAAUAAUGCUCAUAGCCUCUGCAAUCUUUAAUUCAAUGCUAAAGCUGUUCUUUAUUCAUAAGAGUUAGCAAUAAAACAGCUGUGUAGCGCAACAUUUUUGCACAGGUUUCUACACAGACUACAGUGAUUUCAGUGGUUUGUUCAUUUGUGUCUGAGAAAGUAAAGGCACAAGGAAGUUAAGAAUCAGUAAAAACAUGUUUAUUAGUCUGCUGAAGACUUUUUAUCUUAGCUGGACAGUUUGGGUUCACCGCUAAUAUAUUAUUAAUCAUUAAAGUAACAUAUUAUUAAAA